ACCUAUUUGACAAAAAAAAAAAAAGAAAUUAAUAAUAAAUAAAAUUGUUAGAUGUUAGUUUUCAAAAUGACGAUUGUUAGAUAUUUUCUGAUCAUUUUUCUGCCAACGUUGUAAGAUCUGACAGCUUUAAUACAUGUACACUUUAGGAUAUCAGAUAAUUAAAUUUAUUGUCUCAAUAAUUUACUUAUACUACGGAUAAAUUACAAUAUACAAUAUCUAGUUGUUUAAGUUAAAAGAUACAUGGAGGCAUUUCUGUCUCUAAAAUUCCAAUAAGGGUCACGACCCUAUGUAUGUACUUUUCUCUGGAAAAUAUAAUUAUAAAAUUAUAAAUUUUCUUAAUUCUCUUAAAAAUUUUGAUACUGUCCUUGAUUUUUAAGAAAAAUUAUAAUGAACAAUGUAAGCUCUAAAACUGUAAAGGGCCAGCUACUGACCUUGUAAUAAAUGUCACCUCUAGUGGUAAAUAGAACUUCUGUUGCAACAGUUUCUUUAAGCUAAAAUAUCAAAUAACUAUUUAUACUAAUAGCCUAGUUACUAUCGAAUCACUGAUUGGCUUUUAGUCAAGAUCUAAAUUAGUCCAUUAAAGCCGGAAACGGUGAGACAUUCAAUCGUAACCUUUUAAAAACAUUUAAAUAACAAUAUUUAAAGUAUUUCUAAAAAAUCAAAUGGACUUAGCUUAUAUCAAUCAUUGUUCUAAAGUUGCAUUUCAGAGACAUGUUGACUCAAGGCUGUUGGUCAUUUAGACGGUUACGAGGUUACUAAUGAUAAUACCAUUUCUUCGUUUGUGUUUCAAUCUCAAAAAAUUUUAUACACAUUUAUAUUUUUGGAUCCAAAUAUAUUCUUGUUGUUAUCUUAAACAAUUAAGGCCCAAAUUAUUUUACUUUGAUAAUUUCACACGAAAUCGCUAACGGCAAAUAAAUCCUGUCAAAGAUCAAACGCAUAAAAGUCGAUUUAUUUUAUUUCAUUUAAAAUUUUAACAAUCAUUCUGUCUUCCAUUCUUGUUAUCUAUCGUUAUACAAAUGUGCUAGUUUUUAAGAGUGUUGUAGAUGUAAUUAUAGCCUACAAAGUGUGUAACCAAAAUAAAAAAUCUAUAAGAAAUCCAAAACCUAACUUAACAAAUGAUCUUCAUCUUAAUUACCAAAAAACAAAUUACAAAUUACAUGGCAAAUGAAUGUAAACAAAAUAUCUACUAGAAGCACAUGAAAAUAAAAGCCGCAUUUUCUUUACAAUAGUUCUCGUUGUGAUCGUGAUGUUUCAAACAAGUUGUAAGCGAACAUGUCGGACAGAAUGAGGGAAAAUAUAAACAAACUAUAAGCUAAAGUUAAGAACGAAAUUGAAACGGAAAUUGUAAAAGAAAACAAAAACAAAUAUGAGAAAUAAACAAGAGACCACAACAAAAAACAAUAACAGCAAUAAGUGAGCGCUUUUGGGCUUUUGUAGAUUGAUACGAUCAGUUUGAGAGUAAACGCAUACGCGAACGGUUGUAACACCUGUUGAACGCUUGUUUAUGUUAAACGGAAUAAAAUGAUCGUUCACGUUAAGUUUUUUAAAAAUAAAUAAGAAAAUUUCAUAAAAAAUUAUACGAAAAGAAAAAAAAUUUUGUGUUUUUUAAAGAAAUUUUUUUUAAAUUCGACUUAACAGUCUAAAGAUGUAUACAACAAAAAACAAAGUGAUUUAAAGUGAAAGAAAAAUAUUUAAUUUAUAAGAAAAGUUAUCCAACACAAAAUUUCAAAACAAAAAGAAAUUAUUAUUUCAUCAAUCAAGUGCAACAUUAAGUAAAACCAGAAUAAAAAUCAAACCUUAACAAGUUGGAAUUUAUAAUAUUAUACAAAACAAAAAAAUACAAAAUCAUUUACAAAAAAAUAAAUCAGAUUUAUAAGUGGAUAAACCGUCAUCAUCAUCAGCAAAAUCUUUAUUGUAAAAUAACAAAAUCGGAUUAUUGUGUUCCUGGUUGUUUUGAACAAAACUCAAAAAGCAACGGCAAAUCUACACUACAACGCACAGAAAAUCAAAAUCCAAUAAGAAGUUAAACAUUUAAAGAGACCACAUAUGAUGAUAAUGAUGAUCAGUAAGAUAAUAAUGAUGAUGGCAAAGUUGUUACAAGUACAAACAAAUUAAAACGUAUGCAGAACGGAUGAAAAGAUAUGUUGCUGAGAUACACGUAUGCUAAAUACCAAAUUUAAUUAUGGACAAGAAUCUUGUUUCAAUUACAGUCUAGUACAAGUAAAUUUAUAGAAAAAAAGUUAACAAAAUUCUCCAAACAACAUCAGCAACAAAAAACUAAUAAAAUAUUACUAAAAAUAAUUACCACAAGUUCGAGUACCCUCAGUCUGUUGCAAUAAAUAGUUACAUGGACAGCAAUUUUUUGUAAUUUUUGUAAAUUUACACAAAUCCUUGUGGAACAGCCUCUUUGUGAAAAAAGGGAAAAUUAUAAUAACAAUAUCCAAAGUAACAGCAACAAUAAUAAUAAAAACAACUAGUACAACAUGGAAAGCAUGUCAUCAUCAAUUGAUCCCGUAGUACCACGUACCGCCAAUUUGCUGGCAUGCAAACAAUGGUGGCGUGUUUGUUUCUUGUAUGGUGAUCAACAGAAAUAUUAUCGACAAGUUUAUAGCAAAGCUGCUGCACAAAGAUUGGCAUUAUCAACAACAACUUCAACAGCUACUGCAACCACAACAACAACAGCAGCAACAAUAUCGUCAGACUUAACAAGUGAGUUAAAUAAUGAAAAUGACAAUAACAAGAGUCCGGAGGACCAGACGGCCGAGUAUGAUACGGUUGCCAUAGAUUUUAUCGAAACACAAUUAGACGAAGAUGCUGAAGAUGGAGCAGGCGAUAAGCACUCAACUACAACAAAGAUAACAAACAAUAUUAAUUUAACAACAAUAACAACCAAAGAACAACAACAUCAAGCGCCAGUGGCUUUAUUUCCCUUAAAAUGUGAUACAAUCAAUGGUUCAGGUGGAGUAGAUACCAGCAGUGGCAAUAGUACCUUAAGAAAAAGUAAACGUCUUUUACGUUCUUUAAGAGGACAUCGAAAGGGCGGUGGCGAUACAAAUGAUACAUGUUCAACGACAUCAGCCACUAAUAAGAAACCCACCAAACACUUGCGCGAUACUUUGGAAACUUUAAAAAAUUUAAGCCUUAAUCACCAUUCGCUUAACAAACAAUUACAGCAACAGGAGCAACUUCCAACGAACCAAUGUCAAUUGUUGGAUGAACCCACAAAACAAAAUGCCAAACACACGUUACUAGAUGAUCCCUUUCUCUUGGGCAUUGGUAUCGAUGAAGAUCGUUUAGGUGAUUUAAUACGUGGCAAAAAACCUUCUUAUCCUCCACCAUCUGCUCUAGAAAAUGUUUCAAAAUAUUUUAAUCUUUAUACCGAGGCAGAACAAGAACCAGAACCAAAUUCCAUGACAUUCGAGGGAUUUGAAGAAGAUAAGCCUGCCCUGCCACCAAAACGAAAUGCUGGUCAACAGAGUGUUACUCAAAAUGAUUUGAAAUUAAGUGAAAGUGAUUUAGAGUUUUUAAAUUUAAAUUUACGUAAUCGUAGUUUACCGCGAAAUCUCAAACCGUUAAAUGAUCCUCACAAUAUUAGUUUCACUUUUAGGGAAGAGGACGAGGAGAGUUUAAUGACGAAAGAGUGCAGUAAUUUGGAAAAUACUACUGCAACGGUGGGGAGUGAUAACGAGCCCAUUAGUCGGACGCCGCUAACCCAGGUGUCGUAUUUACAAAAAAUACCAACAUUACCGCGUCACUUUUCGCCAAGUGCAGGAGGAAGUACGGCGGCAAGUUCAAACACGCCACCGCCUCUACCACCAUUGGGAAGUUUAAGACAUCUUGGCAACAGCAAUGUCGCAUCACCGUCAUCAUCAACAUCGUCAUCGGGGCCAAUGCCAAGUAGCUCAUCGGCUGGAGCUUUAUACAAUCCCUCAGCAGUUGCAGGUUUGCCAACAUCACCAUUGCCCAUGCAACGUCAAUUUCAACAGCAGCAUCAACAACAACAGACAUCUCAUUUGCCACCAUUACCACCACAUCAACAGCAGCAACAGCAACAUCAUCACCAUCAUCCUCAUCAGUAUCUGCCACCUCAUCUACAGCAUCAACAGCAAAUGCAACAACUACAGCACCAACAUCAGCAACAACAGCAACAAUUAUCUUCAAAUACAUUGCCACAUCAGCCAUCACAGUAUUCACCUGCGGCAUCGGCAUCUUCAUCAAUCUCAAAAUACUCAUCAUCGUCACUAAAGCAUCCUCAUGCACACAAUCAACAGCAGCAACAACAACCACCACAUCAGUUGUCCCCAGCAAUUUCAUCACCAUCGCCGCCCUCUCUGCUGCAUCAUCCCACUGGCGGUGGUGUUGGAGUUGCAGGUGUUCAUCCUCCUUUUUUGGUAGGUCAACAUUUGGAUAUGCAACGACAAUCCCACUCAGAUGAUGAUAGUGGUUGUGCUUUAGAGGAAUAUACUUGGGUACCACCAGGACUAAGACCAGAUCAGGUUCGUUUGUAUUUCUCACAAAUACCGGAUGAUAAAGUGCCAUAUGUCAAUAGUCCUGGAGAGCAAUAUCGAGUAAGACAAUUACUACACCAGCUACCACCCCAUGAUAACGAGGUUCGUUACUGUCACUCGCUGACGGAUGAGGAACGCAAAGAACUUCGCUUAUUUUCUACACAACGCAAACGUGAUGCACUUGGACGUGGCAAUGUCAGACAGUUGAUGAGCGCACGUCCCUGUGAUGGUUGUGAUGAUUUAAUUUCGACCGGUGACAUUGCUGUCUUUGCAACCCGUUUGGGUCCAAAUGCAUCUUGGCAUCCUGGCUGUUUUGUUUGCUGUGUGUGUCGUGAGUUGCUCGUCGAUCUCAUUUACUUUCAUCGUGAUGGACGUUUGUAUUGUGGGCGUCAUCAUGCAGAAACUUUAAAGCCGAGAUGUUCAGCCUGUGAUGAGAUUAUCCUGGCAGAUGAAUGCACCGAAGCUGAAGGACGUGCCUGGCAUAUGAAUCAUUUCGCCUGUCAUGAAUGUGAAAAACAGUUGGGUGGUCAAAGAUAUAUAAUGCGGGAAGGUAAACCCUACUGUCUAUUAUGUUUCGAUGCAAUGUUCGCGGAGUACUGUGAUUUUUGUGGUGAGGCUAUUGGUGUAGAUCAAGGGCAAAUGAGUCAUGACGGCCAGCAUUGGCAUGCAACUGAUGAAUGUUUCUCUUGCAAUACAUGUCGUUGUUCACUGUUGGGACGUGCAUUCUUACCCAGACGUGGAGCCAUAUACUGUUCGAUAGCCUGUAGUAAAGGUGAGCCACCAACACCUUCUGAUAGUUCGGGUACUGGCAUGUACACAACACCCACACCACCCACUCAACGGGUAAGACCUCAAACACGCAUACCCAGCAGUCAUGCUUCAAGUUCACCACCAAUGUCACCUUUGCAACAGCAUCAACAUCAGCAAAACUUCAAUCAAGCCAUGUAUCAAUUACAAAGUCAGCAAAUAGCAGCUGGUAUUGGCAGCAAUGCUUCAAGUGGCGGACUUGUGGGUAUAGCAACGAAUACGGAUGGUGCUAAACAAAGUUAUCCUACCUCGGAUUCUGAUGCGGGUGUAGUCAAGGAUAUGGAACAUACAGCAGGAGAUUUUACAGAUUUCUCGGGUGGUUUACCCUCCUCAUCUUCGCAGAAUAUGUCGCCGCUAACAUCACCCGGAGAAUUUAACCACUCUAUGCCAAAACCUAUGGAACUGAAACGUGAUGGUCCGUAUAAUUUCAAUGAAAUGUCACUUAACUUAGAAAAUACUUGGCCGGCAAAGCCCAUAUUAGCAGGAGCCAAUAGUUACAAUUUACAACGCCAAUUACAUCAAAUUUCGGAAGUAGAGAAUGCAAAAACUUCCAGUAUGCCGGAGUUGUCACAACCAGGAAAUUCCUCAACAUUUCCCCAACAAAAUCCAAACAAUUUACAACAGCAGCAAUUGCCACAGUAUGGCUCCGAUUAUGCUCAGCAUAUGCCACACAGUAUUACCUCACCUCCACCUUCUGAGAUACCAGAUCUUCCAACACCAAAUCUUUCAGUAGCAUCUACUGCAUUACCACCUGAACUAAUGGGCUCUCCAACUGCCUCAGCUGGCGAGCGUUCAAUACUCUCGCAUCAGUCUACACAAUCUAAUCCUGGGCAUCAACCUAUACAUCCGGUUUCUAUAUUAAGUGGAGCUUCUUCCUCUUCACCCAUGAGUGGUGAAACUAAGAAAAAAGGUGUACGCUUCGAAGGUAUACCGGCCGAUACUUUACCGCGUUCACGCAGUUACUCCGGCAAUGGUGCCGGCACGCAACGAAGCAGUGAAAACACAACAGAGAAACAUCGCCACGGUGGUAAUGGUGGUCACUCUUCUAGACGACGUAGACGCCGCAAAUCUCACCGUUCUGGCAGUGGUCAUCGUUCUAACUCCACAACCCGAGCCGACACAUACGCCACAGCUCAACCACUCUCUUCUUCCUAUCAAGGUCCACCUUCCAUACUACAAACAGCAGGUUUGGAUCCCACACGCCACCAUCAUUCCUCCCAAAUAACUGUGGGAGCCAACGAUGACGACUCUGACGAUGCCUCAAGUGUUUGUUCAACCUGUUCGUCUAGUUCAUCUAGUUCCGAAGAUUAUAUGUAUCAAAUUCCUUUGCGGCGUCAUUAUGGUGGCGUACGCGUUAGUUAUGUACCCAAUGACGCCUUGGCUUAUGAUCGUAAACGCAAGUCUUCGGAUCCAAAUGAUAAAGAUAAAAACUGUAUUAUUUCGUGAUUUACAAGUGAGUGCGUGCACAAACUAUUGAUGUACAUGAAUUGAUAUUAUAGUUAAACUAGUUGUUGGAUGGCUGGUCCAUUGCUCUACGCAAUUCUCAUCUUAAAAACUAUUAUUAAUUUAUGCGGUUUGUGAAUUUGAAUUAAGUAAAGGUAACGAGUGAUAGCAACAUAGAGGCAACGUUUUAAUUAAGGGUAUUUUAUUUGGUUUUUGGGUUUUCCACUUAAGUUAUGCAGCUAACCAAUAAUGCCUAAAAGCAUAUACAAAUAACAUGUUUUUCAUUUACAUUUAAUUCUCUUUCAAAGAAUUUUACUCGAUCUAAUGUUUAGUAUAGACAUACUGAAACACAUCAAUUUCAAUCGUUUAGCAAGAUAACAGUUUACAAAAUAAUUGGGCAUUGGCAUCUAUUAACCAUUGCCUAUGGCUGCAACAAUUUUAAGAUUUUAUAGUUUCCUCAUGUUGCUGAGUUCAUUCUUUUCUCUAUAUUUUAAAGCAAAAUUUAUGAUAUAAAUUAAAUGUUUUCAAUGAAUACUCUUAAAACUUAAGUCUAAAUGAAAAACUAUUAAAACACCAAAUUUACAAUUUAUGAAAUUUUUAGUUAUUUAAGUUAUUUUACUAAAACUAAUAUUAUAACAAAAACUAAACUAUAAUAAAUGUAAUAACAAAAAUCAAUAUAAAUUAUUAUUUCAAAGGACUAUAGUUUCUAUACACAUAUAGUUACUUAAAUGCAUAAAAUACUAUAAAUUAUUUAAAAAAUUUAGAUUUAAAUUAAACGAAUAGAAAAAAAAACAAAGCAAAUACAAAGCAAAAAGUACAAUUCAGUAAUUCUUCUAUAUAUAGUUACAUAUAUACAUACAUAUAGUACAUAUAAAAUAGGCUUAAGAAAUACUAAUAGGACAUACAUCAAAACAUUUUAAAAUCAUAAAAUAUUUAUAAAACACACCCACACAUACACAAACAAACUCUCAUUCAUAUUCAGUAAAGGAAAAAGCAAAGCAAUAAUUUUUUAAUUAAAUAAUUAAAUCUAAGUAUUUUAAGAAGAAAAAUAAUAAAUCCCAUAUUAGUUUUAUUCUUUAUUUUUCAAUUUAUAUUUAUUAAUUUAUUUAUAAACAUUUGUUUGUUUGUACAUUUAAUUGAAAACUAUACAUAAUUCAUAUUCAAACACAUGAUAAUAAUUUAAACAAUUAAAAAGAAUUUAAUUUAUAAUAUAAUGUAAGAAAAAUAACAACUUUAUUCUAUUAUAUUGUAAAAUAAAUGAUAAAAAAUAUAUAAAGUCUUCAAAAUGUAUUUACGAAAAACUCCAUGCAUAUUUUUAAACCAA